UGGUGAUGCUCUGCUCCAUCUAGUUGAAAAAAAAAAUUAAAAUUUGAAAAUUUAUCGUUAAGAAGACCAUUAACCAGUUCAAAGAAUCACAGUUAUAGACCAAAACUACUAUUAUGGAAGUGAUAAAGACUACUUACAAGCAUAAGGAUAUCGAGCCAUUCUAUGUGGGCGGUACUUCUGCAACUAUAUCUUCAAAUGGUGAGAUUUUAGCCACACCAAUCAAUGAAGAUGUCAUUAUCACCAAUUUAUAUACCAAUGAAAUAUUACAUAAAAUAGAAGGAGACGGAGAGUUGAUUACUAAUAUCAUCAUCACUCCUGAUGGAUCCAAAUUGGCUAUAUUGUCUCAGUCCCAACAAUUACGUAUUUUUGAUGUGAAUCAAGGUCAAAUCAUCAAAACUUUCAAAUUACCAUCACCAAGUUAUAUAUCCACCGUUGAUGUUACUUCAUCUUUAUUCGCCUUUGGAGGUUCUGAUGGGGUCAUAACUGUAUGGGAUAUUGAAGGUGGUUAUGUCACUCAUUCUUUAAAAGGUCAUGGUACUACUGUAUGUUCCUUGGCCUUUUAUGGUGAAUUAAAUUCAACUGAAUGGAAAUUAGCUAGUGGUGAUAUAAUGGGUACCGUUAAAAUCUGGGAUUUAGUGAAAAGAAAAUGUAUUAUAACCAGUAAUGAACAUAAUAGUGCUGUUAGAGGGGUUGGAUUUAGUGAAAGUGGUGAAUUCUUUAUAACUGGUGGUAGAGAUGAAGUUGCCAUUAUUUAUAAUACUAAAAAUUAUAAACCAAUAAAUACAUAUCUGAUAACUGAACAAGUUGAAAAUGCAGGAUUUAUAAAAUUAAGAAAUAAUAAAGAAUACUUUUAUACAGCAGGAGCUGAAAAUACUUUAAAAAUAUGGAAUAUUCAUACUGGUAAUCUUAUGGCUCAAUCAGCUACUCCAUUUAAAACCAAUGAAGAAUUAGUUAUCAUUGAUGCUAUAAAAUUAGAUAAUGAUGACUUGGUCUUGGUUAUAAGUGAUCAAACAUUAAUUCAUUUAAACUUACAAGAUACUUAUGAACUUAUUCCAGAUAUGGAAAUCCCUAUUGCCAAAAGAAUAGCCGGUAAUCAUGGUAUUAUAGCUGAUUUAAGAUAUGUGGGACCAAAUUUCGAUUUAAUUGCUUUAGCUACUAAUUCACCCGCCUUAAGAAUUGUUGAUACUUCUAAACCAUUAGAAUUAAAAUUAUAUGAAGGUCAUAAAGAUCUUUUAAAUGCUUUGGAUGUAUCUGUAAAUGGUAAAUGGUUAGCCACUGCUUCUAAAGAUAAUGAAGCUAUAUUAUGGAAAUGGGAUGAUGAAGAAGAUGAUUUCAAAUUAUAUGCUAGAUUCCAAGGUCAUGCUGGUUCAGUAAGUUCUAUUGCUUUAUCUAGAUCCGAUGAAACUCCAAAAUUUUUAAUCACUGGUUCAAGUGAUUUAACUAUAAAGAAAUGGAAAAUCCCAUCUCAAUCAAAUACAGUGGUUAAGACUUCAGAAUAUACAAGAAGAGCUCAUGAAAAGGAUAUUAAUUCAAUUGAUGUGGCUCCUAAUGAUGAAUAUUUCGCUUCAGCAUCAUAUGAUAAAUUAGGUAAAAUAUGGAAUACUGAAACUGGGGAAACUAUUGGUGUAUUAAAAGGUCAUAAAAGAGGAUUAUGGGAUAUUAAUUUCUUUAAAUAUGAUAAAUUAAUCGUUACUGGUAGUGGUGAUAAAACCAUUAAAGUAUGGUCGUUAAAUGAUUUCACAUGUUUAAAGACAUUUGAAGGUCAUACAAAUUCAGUUCAAAGAGUUAAAUUCUUUAAUAGAAAUAAUCCUCAAUUAUUAUCAACUGGAGCUGAUGGAUUAAUUAAACUUUGGGAUUAUAAAUCAGGAGAAAUCAUCAAGACAUUUGAUAAUCAUGAUAAUAGAAUUUGGUCAAUUGAUAUUAAAGAUGAUGGAAUUCAAUUUGUAACUGCGGAUGCUGAUGGUAAAAUAAGUGAAUGGGAAGAUAAUUCUGAAGAAGAAUUAAGAUUAAAAGAAGAACAAACCAAAUUAAAAGUUGAACAAGAACAAAGUUUAUCUAAUUAUAUCAACAAUAAAGAUUGGCCCAAUGCGUUCUUAUUAGCUUUAACUUUAGAUCAUUCCAUGAGAUUAUAUAAUGUCCUUAAAUCAUGUAUUGAAACCAAUGAUGAUCCAUCAUCAACCAUUGGUUCUAAGGAAUUAGAAUCCACCAUAGUCAGUUUAUCAGAUGAUCAACUUAUAAAGUUAUUCACUAAGGUCAGAGAUUGGAAUGUUAACUUUAGAUUCUUCGAAAUCAGUCAAAAGUUAAUCUCAGUAGUUAUACUUAAUAUUGAUGAUGAAAAACUUUCUGAAGUUAAAGGGUUAAUGAAAAUCAUUGAUUCCAUAAUCCCAUAUAAUGAACGUCAUUUCACAAGAAUAGAUGAUUUGAUUGAACAAAGUUUCAUUUUGGAUUAUGCUGUUGAUCAAAUGAAUAAAUCCAUAGCAUAAAAGUUUAUAGAUAGUGUAAAUAUAUACAAAACAAAAAAAGGAUCGAUCGCAAUUUCCUCCUCCUUCCUCCUUCAAAACUCUUUUUUUUUUGGCUGUAAAUAAUUCUGUUUCCUCUUUAGAAAAAGGCAGCCAAACAGAUUGUGGUUACCAUUAGUCAAAUCAAUCAAUCAAUGAAUCAAGCAAUGAUGGCAUCAGCCUCAAAUUCAUCAUUCAUGCCCCCUUUAUCAGCAUUUACCGCUGAGGAAAUUAGACAAAAGAAGUUCACCAAAAGAGGUUUACGUCUUAAUAUAUUGUUAGUAGGAGAAAAUGGUACUGGUAAGAAAACCUUCAUCAAUACUCUUGCCAACAGGCAAUAUUAUGAUCCUGCUCAAAGAUGUGA